UUCUAAGUUCACAGAAGCGCUAUCAGUGGUGCGAUUUGGAAGCUUGUGCCGGACACAUAAUUUCCACCUAGUGCGUGUAAAUAAACUUGUAUCCUUCUUACUACUUGCCGUUGCUUUCAAUGAAAUCGAUUAGGCGUUGUUGUUGUCGUUACAACGCGAGUGCGAUACAAGCGUAGAAUAAGUGUAAGAGUUGGAAAGGACAAGAACCUGCAUACAUAGCAACGAACUCGUGAACCCAAAGGUGCCAGGCCAAGGACGAGUAGAACAGAGUAUAGAAGAAAGCUGCUAGGGGUUUCUCGUUGGAUGAGAAAGGCUGAUGCUAGUGGCUGUAGUGAAUGUACGUGGAUCGAGGCCAACGGAGGUUGGCAGAGACUGAUUUCGUCAGCAGGCUACCACUAGAAGGGGUGGUUUGCCUUGCGUGUCAAUACACAUCAAUGAUUCAGUUGCGAUGCCAACCAUGGAACCUCAGUUUAACCAGCGUGAUCAUUUUGGCACUAUCCAAUAUGCUGCUGACCUUUUUACUACUACAGUCGGAAACUUGCACGCAGAAUUCGAUAGGUCGAGAACUCGAGAUAAAUGCCGUCACGGACUGGAAUCUCGGUACCCUACUCAAGGAGCAACAGGAAGAGUGUGCGACGCGGGAUUAUCGACACACGACAGUUGACAGGCUAAAGCUCGACGUGAGACUAGGCAGAUGGGAUGCCCGUAGGCUUUUCAAAACGUUCGAUUCGAUCUUCGUCGGAUCUAGAUUUUCUGAGCUUUCGCAGACGUAUCGAGUUUGUCUUGCCACGCAAAGUUCCGUCGAGAAGUUGCACUCGAUCGUUCAAGUGGCCCAUCAAUGGACCGGUCCAAUGUCUGUUGCUUUGUACGCCGCUGGCGAUGAAGAGUUCGAAGUUCUACAAAAGUAUUUGCUUUAUCUUAAAAAGUGCUACGAACCCGUACGCGAAAGGAUAUCCUUUUCUUUGGCCGUGCCAAGGGUCAAACCACCCAAGAAGCAACCCCGUACCUUUGUCCUGCCUGACAUCGUCGAUUGUGCCAAACCGGAAGCUACCCUUAACGAACUCGUGUCCGGUAUUUCCGUCGAGCAAACGAACUGGAGAACGCGAAACGUUUAUCCUCAGAAUCACAUGCGGAAUCUAGCUAGGAAAAAUUGUCAAUCCGAUUACGUUUUCUUAACGGACGUCGAUAUUAUACCAAGCCUCAAUCUCACCGGUGCUUUAGAUGACUUCCUUAGGAAUGAGAACUGCGACAAGUGCGCCUACGUCAUACCCACGUACGAGCUGGACUCGCGUGUCAGAUUUCCACCGAAUAAAUCAGACUUGGUCAGACUAGCGAGGAAAGGUCUCGCUAGACCCUUUCAUCAAAAGGUUUUCAUCCACAAUCAAUUUGCCACGAACUUUACGAGAUGGGUGUUGGACGUGUCACCGACUCACAAGAAUUACGAGAACAUAAGAAACGGCAAGGUUUAUGUGAGUCACGAUGUGACAAAUUUCGAAUUCCUUUACGAGCCGUUCUACGUGGCAAAGGAUACUGCACCAGCUCACGACGAAAGAUUCAUGGGAUAUGGAUAUACGAGAAACACUCAGGUUUAUGAGAUGUUUGUGGCUGGCUAUCAAUUUAAAGUACUCUCCCCUGUAUUUACCGUACAUUGGGGUCUGCAGACGAGAAAAAGUAGACCUUCCUGGCGUGAACGACAAAACAGCGCCAAUAGAAAAUAUUUUGAAAUGUUUAAAAAAGAAGUUUUUGCUCGUUAUAUGCGAGAUCCCUUGAAGAUGAUGAAAAAUACAAACUGACGAAAACAUCAUCGGGGAAUCCGUUGAACUCGUUACUAUUUACCGUCCUUUUGAACGACGUAGUUUAAUACAAACAGACUUGAGAAUUCAGUUUUGUUGGCUUAAAAAAACUUUCUUUUUCGUAUCCGUACUAUUUACAUUUGUAUGUACAUACACACACACGCGCACAUAUACACUACACGAAAAAUAUUUUGAAAAGUUCAUUAUUGCUUGAUCUUUUUUAUUCAUCAUAAACAGGUUUUUAAAUCAUUUCUCGACCUUUUUUUAAGAUGGUAAUAAAUUAAUUAAAUUUAAUAGACCGUCGGAAGAUUUUAUGAAUUAAAAAGUGACCAAAAUUAGUCUUAUUUUAAGCGUUUAAUCAUCAUUUUUAAGAAAUUAUUUAUCGCGAGUUUAAUUAAAAGAAUUAUAAAAUCGCGUUCAAGAAAUUAAUCGAUCGGAAAAGAUCGAAUGAAAAUCAGUUUUGAAUAAAUCAAUGAAAUGUUAAUAAUUUCUAUAAUUAGAAGACGGUAUUUAACGUAUUUUCCAGUUCAUCGAUUCGUCCUAAAGUAGCCAAUCGCCGCAUCGUGGCUCUUGUUACUUCCGCUCACGAUUUUCCAACAUCGUCAGAGACUGCCACGCGGGAUCACGGAAUAAAUAUCUUUCUUCUAAGUUUCGUGGCACGUACUCGUGCACAAGGAAGAGAAUGAGUCGGGAGCUAAGUGAACGUACCUCGUUAGCUGUCUAGCUUCUAGAGGGUAGACGGCGUAUAAAUUCAGAGAUCGAUACGUUGAAAACGAUCUCUCUCUUUCUUUCUUGCUCUCUUUCUCUCUCUCUUUUUUGCUCUCUCUCUUUCUUUCUUGCUCUCUCUCUCUCUCUUUUUCUCUCUCUCUCUCUCUCUUUCCCUCUCUCUUUCUCUCUCUCUUUGCUCUUUUUAAACAUAGUCGAAAGAGCAACGAAAGAUAAGUUUAUAAUUAAGGGUUGAUAAUUUACAUCGUUACGCGCACGAUUCCGUCAUAUAAACAAAAUUUUAAUGAAUUUUGUAACAUCGAUAAGCACAUGUUUCAUUGUACGACAACUUGAGAACUUAACUUUGUUAAUCUUAAACAAUUAAAAUUCUAAGUUUGACGAUC